GGCGGGGGCCGGGGGCGGGCGCGUCCACCUGCGCGCGCCGGGCCCCGGGCGCAUGGAGCAGCGCUGAGCCGCAGCACCGGCAGCGCCCGGCGGGCGGGGGACCCCCGCUCCAUCGCGGGCCCCGCGCCGAGUCUCCAUCGUCAUCAAAUACAACUCCUGUCAUUCUCCUCUUCCAUUCACCUACCCAAAGACCAAAUCUGGAAAUAGUAACCAAAAGAGAAGCCCACGUCACACACAGAGCAGGGAAAGGUUGAAAUAAUUGAAGGGUUGGCCAGAUGCACUGGGGCAUGGAGUGAACAGAAAGAGGUUAAAUUGAUGGAUGACCAACAAGAGCAGGAUUGUGCCUCAGAAGACCAAGAAACUAUCCUGAUUAAUGGGGUGAAAGAAAAUGAGUCGCACGCCCUGGACGCCGAUGAGAGGCCCUGCAGCGCGGCCGAGGCAGCGGCGCCGUUCCCGGCGCUGAGCGCGGCUCCCAAGGAGGGCCCCGCGUGCCACCGCGUCCCCACGGCCAAGAAGCCGUGCCUGCUGAGCCCCCCGUCCCCGCUGCGCCUCACCGAUGUCCCCGAGCACGCCUCGGACGACUCGUCGGCCCACGCCAUCUCCCUGACGUCGUGCGUGACCAAGGGCAUGAGCUCGUGGUCGCUGCCGGGCGACUGCGAGAAGGCUCCGUUCAGCAUGAUGGAGCCCGGGGGGAUGUCGGCGCUGACGGGAGACUGCCUGAUGCAGCCGAGCCGGACCUGCCUGGGCUGCUUCAUUGAAUCCAAGGACGGCAUCGAUGCGGAGCCGGGAAUAAGCUUGAAAGUGGGGGAUAUAAAUAGGGAUUAUGACACCUGUUCGGUCUCUGAUAUAGGGAUUCACUGCAUGAGCACAGGAGAAACCAUGAGAUAUGGGGAUCAACUGCUUUCAGACCAGCUUUUAAGCUUCCCUAUGCAUAAAUCGAGGGCAGCGGACAAAAGAGAUGCAGAGAAAUCUGACAGUGAUUCAGAGGACCCCACUCAGAAAAAUUAUUACGAGGGAUUACUAUUAGACAAAUGCAAUGGUGAGGAACCUUUACUAACAAAUCCCAACCAGGAAUGGGGCUAUUUUGAAUCUUUCAUUAGUGAAAGUAAAAUUGAGCUGCUUGACCUCUGCUCCAAAAAUGAGCUUUCUGUAAAUCUGUUUUCCGAGGAAGACGUGGACAAUUACAUGUUCGAUGAUGACGAUUCCACCUUGGGAAGUGAUGUCUGCUCCCUAAAGAUUAGAUACGAAUCUUUCCAGGACAAUGUGCGGGAGAAGACCACCACGCUACAAGAGGACGCCCAGUUCAACUUCUUCCCCAGCGUGUUCAGCAACUGCACCAAAAGGGACAGCAGGAGCACCCUGAAAAGGGGGCCCAGCGGUGCCACCGACCCUUCUCAAUUCAAAUCCGAGGAAGGCAUCAUCUGGGGGGAGGAGGAGGAGGACGGCGAGGAAGAGGACGGUGAGGAGGAGGAGAAAGCUGCCUUAAAUAAAUCUUGCAACAGCACAGAGAUGGUGCAGUACGUGGGCUCCAAGAGGAGCCACUUCUUGGACUCGGUGAAUUCCACAGAGGACUCCGGGGAGUUCAGCGACGACAGCACUUGCACGGAGUCCUCCUACGACGUGCUGCGGGACAUCAAGGACUGCAGCCGGUACCUGGCCCGGGACCACUCCGGCUCCUUCAUCCAGCAGAACUACGGGCUGCGGGCCAAGAGGAAAGUGCGAUACAGCGACGACUACCUGUACGAUGUGGACUCCAUCGAGAACGAGAAGAUCCUGGACAAGAAGGAGUGGCUCCCCGACGGGCCCAAGGAGGAGGACGACGACGAGUGGUGCCCCAAGAAACGGCGAAAAGUCUCUCGCAAGGAGCCCCCCGUGAUCAUCAAGUACAUCAUCAUUAACAGGUUUAAAGGGGAGAAGCAUAUGCUGGUGAAGCUCAGCAAAGUGGAUGCCAACGAGACAACUGUUACUCUGAACGAGGAGCUGCUCAGCAAAUACAAGAAGCUGGCCCCACUGAAGGGCUUCUGGCAGGAGAGGCAGCAGAGCCGGCUGGAUUUGCUCAGAUCGUCUCUCUACCACAAGCAGAAUUUCUAUCUUAACGGCUCAGAUGCUUCGUUCCUCCCUCACCCACGGAAGCGAAAAUGCAAGCUAGCAAACAGGCACCGGAUUCAAAGAAUUAAAGCCAUCGAGCAAUCAGUGAACAAGCUGGGCUCGUGCUCCUCUGAUCACAAGCAGCCUUGCAGCAGUAAGGAGGACGUGGGCCUGAAAGGGCUGCCGGCAUUAGCCAUUGCCACCCCCAGCUGUGCCAACGGAUUGCACGUCCACGACAUCGCGGGCAUCGCCGUGAAAUGCAAACCGCAGGAGCGGGAGCACAAGGGGACGGAGCGGAAAGUGCUCCGCAGAAUCAAAUUCAAAAGUGAGGCCAGGUUGAAGUGCAAGAAGAUUAAAGCUGCCACCAGUACGGCAGAGGACUCCCCAGCACUGGAAAACCAGGACUCCGCAGCGCGUCUGAAGGACGAAAACAGUCCCUGUGCUUCAGACAGCUCCCAUCUCCCAGAGUGCCACGAGGAUAAGGUUGCUAAAAAUUCUCCUUUCCUACCAUCCACCUCCUCUUCAGACAAGCCUCUGCCAUCUGCUAAUAUCACCACCAAUGUACCCCUGAUCCCCGGAGGGUAUCUGCAGACGUUGUUAGAUGCUUCAGAUCUGUCGAGCAACACGGGUAUCCCGUACUUCGCCCAGCACCCCUCCGAGCAGCAGCAGCAGCAGCAGCAGCAGCAGCAGCAGCAGCACCCUCUCCCCAGCAUCGUCCCGCCGGAAAAGCCCUUCCCGUCCCUGCAGCCGGCGCAGAGCUGCGUGCUCUCCCCGCCCUCCGAGUCGGAGCUGCAGCAGUCGCCCGGCCACUUGGAGAUGGAGCAGGGCGGCUUCGGCAGCAUGUGGCCGGCCAGCAAGGGCAGCGAGCGCCAGGACUUCCCCGGGGACGUGCCGGAGGCGGCCGCAAUGCCGAGCGAGUUCGCGCCGGGCACGGACGGCCUCCCCGCCUCUGGAUACACUCAAGUCAAUCUGAAUAGCGGCAAAUUGCUAUACCAAAAAAAUUACAUGCCGGAUAGCCAACAAGUGCAGUCUGAUGAUUCUUAUCAGUCAUGUCAUUUCAAUAAUGGAGAGGGGCGCUUUCAUUUCCAACGAGGUACACUCAGUACGGAUGAUGGCAGGCUCAUUAGUUUUGAUUCAGUGGGUUCAUUGUCAGUUAGUUCUAGCAAUUACAGUUCUUUAAGUUUAAAGUCUUGUGAAAAGGACGGCGAGGAUGAUAUUAAUGAUGAUUUCUUGGCCCACUGCAGUCCCAAGCUAGUGAUCCAGCAGAGCAUAGAUGAAAUCACCCCUUUGAAGGAGUCCACGGACCUUUUAGACAUUUCCAACUUCACGCCUGAUAGGUUCCGCCAGUCGUCGCUUUCGGAGAUGUCCCCUCCAGACACUCCCAACCUGUCCCCACAGAUAGCUGGCUCCGAUGCCAAGCCUCUGGGCACCCUGAAGGGCUUUCAGGAGAGCCCCCAGGCCUCCCUCAACAGUUCCGAGAAGGUCAAGUGGAACUGUGGGGUCCUGCAGACCGAGGAUCAGGCAGAUAAUGGGUUUGCUUUAAAUAAUCACCAGUUCCAGUUCCAUAUGUUCAACGAUGAAGAUUCUGUCAGCCUUCUCGAAAAGAGUCCAUGCUUGUCAACAUUUAAUGAGCCAUCUGGUCAAAUUAGCACCAAUAGCAAAGUGUCAAAAUCGAAGAGGAAAAGUUCAUCCAGCAAGAAUGUGGGUACAAACCAAAGCUCUUCCCAGAAAGCCACCCGGAAAAAAUCACCCAAAACCAACAAAGGAACCGAUAAGCCGCAAGGGAAAAACUCCAGGCAGGCACCCAAAUCCACCAGGAAAGGGAAAAAUGCAGCAGGAAUCAAUGGCGAGAAGGCUCCAGCUGUUGGUGGCAGGGUGGUCACUCAGCUGGGCACCGUGGCCACGGCCACCAAGGGCGCGGCCGAGGGCACUCAGCACUGCGGCCCGGCGGGGGUGAAGCUGGGCAAGCACAACGGGCUCUCUGGAGAGUGGGCACUGGGAAAAGAGGGGGGCACGGGCUGGUCAGAAGCCAGCCUGGGCAAUGCCACCAGCCUCCUGGACGAUGACCAGAGGGAGUUCGAGGAGCCCUCCAACAUCCUGUCCAACAUCGCGUCGGGAAUGGCCGAUGUGCAGAGGUUUAUGAUGGCCUCCAUUGAGCCCUUGUGGGGGCCCGUCGGCCACAACAGCGUUCCAGACAUAUUCCGGUCACCGGAGUCCAACAGCCUGAAACUGAAAACUCUUAAAAUUUUGGCAGGGACGUCCCAAGAGUCGAAGAAGAAGGCGAACGGUGGCUCGCCGGGGGCGGCGAAGAACCACAAGUCGAACAACAAGGGCUCAAGCAAAAACAGCAAAGCUGUGACCUGCGACCCCGGGCGCCCCAACUGCUCCACCGGGUUCACCACGGACAUUCACGCUCCCUUUUUUGAUAAAAACUAUAGUAACCUGAGCACUUUAGGCAAUAAUGGACCUACCCAUAAAAAACUCUACCGUCAUAAAUCCAGUUCGAAAUCACUGAGGGAUGAGAACUGUAAAAUCAAGCGGACGGACCGCGAACAGCCCCACAAGGACCCACCCGUGACAGCUGCUUUUGAGAAACUGAGGUAAUGCUGCACCAAACUGGCUGGAAUGCCCCUAACCUCCCUCCCACCUGCUAGGCCCGCUGUUCCUCAGUUUUUCCUUCCUGAAAGCAAAAGUUUGCAUGAGAAAAAAAACAAAAAAAAAAAGACAUUCCCCUUUUACAGUUUUGGUUGGUUUUGGUUUUGGGGUUGGUUUCUUUUUUUUUGUUUGUUUGGUUUUUUUAAUUAUUAUUUUUAAAUGCAUGAAAAUACUUAUGACUUGCAAGCUACCUAAAAGAAUGACCAAUUUUCUGGCUUGGCUGGGGUUAAAAAAACUAACAAGGCUACUCUUUUCUGCUGUUUGGCUUCUUCAGUUUUUAAUUACUUAUUUAUUGGGGAGAAAAACAAAAACAAAAACUAAAAAAAAAAAAAAGAUUACACGCUCUUUUUAAUGAUUUUGACAAGGAAAGACUUUUUUUUUUUUUUGGAACAUUUUGUAAAAAAUAAACCACAAAAAAAAAAAAAAGAGGUUCUGCAUCCAAAAGCCAAGAUCUCAAAACUUAAAGGCUCUUUACUUUGCAAAUGAGAACUCGUUCCUAAUUGAGCUUCACGUGGCAAUUUUUGAGUGCUUUCUGGCCCCCUCUGCUGUUGUGUCUCCUAACCUGCAUCAUCUAAAGCUGCAUCUUCUCUACCCGCCCGUCUUUAGCGCGUUCGCUCCGUCGUGGUGACUCCGGACGAGCUAACUAAGAUGGCAUCAAAUGUUUGAUUUUUUCCUGCAGGGAAUCAGACUCCAUUCUUCUUAAAGCAGAAACAGCAUUUUUGGGUUUUCCUGUAUUUGAAGAAGAGACUCCCUUUUCUAGAAAGACGGUUGAUGUUUGGUUUUUUUCUUACCUUUUUUUUUAUUUCCCGGUUGUUUUUUCUUUUUUUUCC